AUGCUGCUAACAAGCUCCAGAUACGGUGGAACUUACAGUGACUACGGGCUCUUCAAUGCGAGCCGCCGCGUUAGCAAGAAUGAAUGGUGGGCACUAGAUAACGACUCCGGGGAUUGGGCUACUAUUACACCGGGAGGUUCUGAGGGGCUCCUCCGUGCAGACAGUAUGGCUUCGGUGAACGUGCCAGCCCAAGGACUUGCCUUUUCUAUAGGUGGUUUGGUUACCAAUCGGACAGACUCAGCCCAUAAAGAUUGGAAUAUCACGGACGGAAAUAUGUUAGUGCUGAAGAGUAUGUUGAUAUACAAUACCCGCAAGCACGAAGUCGAGAACGUGACCAUUUCGCCACUACCGGCACAAUGGGGAGGUGUUGUUGAGUAUGUUCCAAUUGGGAAGAAGGGGGUGUUGGUGCUUAUUGGGGGGUUCGAGUCGGAAAAUGCCAUCACUGCAAUGACUGGAAAUAGGCUGGUUUGUGAUGAUUCCCCAGAUUCCAAACCAGUGCUUACCUUUUGCAGAAAGAUAUGAAAGAAAUCCACCUCUACGACAUUCAUAAGAGGGAGUGGCACACCCAGAUCGCCCAAGGAUCAAUUCCCAAUAACAGAGCUUUCGCCUGCGCCUCUGUUGCCUCUGCUCCGUUAUCCCCCCUCCAUUCUCUCGCCACCCACCCCUUCCAUGUCCCUAGAAUUGCUAACACCCCCUUAGCGACAAUUCCUCCUACAACAUUUUCGUCCAUGGGGGUACCGACGGCAGCCCCACCAGCUAUAGCGAUACAUAUGUUCUCUCCCUCCCCUCAUUCGAAUGGAUCAAAGCCGACUCUGGCUCUGACACGCAAAGCCGCCUAGGACAUAACUGCCACAUGACCACCAGGCACAAAAUACUUAUAAUCGGCGGGCGUGGCCGAGACCAAGAGAUACCCAUCGCGGGGAAUUGGGGGUGGGGCGCAUGCGACAAGUACUCUAUGAUUAAUGUGUUCGAUACGAACACCAUGAGCUGGCAGGAUUUCUGGGAUCCGAACGACGGGAGCACUAAGUUUAAAGUUAAUAAAGUGAUUACAACAGUAAUUGGGGGGAAGUAUGCAUUACCUUUGCCUCUUUUAUUACACCCCCACCCCCACCCUUAUUUCUCCCCUCCAUCUAGUUCUUGCCAGCGACUGAGUUUGUAUUUCUAGCUGACUAGGGUGGGUGCCGAAGUGAGGAUGGUGGUGCGACAGUCGGAAAACCUAAGAGCGGAUGGGGGAGUGAAGCUAUUAAGAUGUUAUUCGAGAGCAUUGAACCUCUGGAUGGCGCCCCCAAGGCCAAUUUGACACCGACUGAUACGCAAGGGGCACACGGUGACAGAGGCGUUAACCAUGCAGUGAGAGGAAAGGUGGGAACAGUAGAGUUGAUUUCAAUGGUUGUUAUUGCUGCUGCGAUAGUGGCUUAA